ACGGCGCGAUGAGAACACGUCAAAGGCCCAAAAGCCCCCGAAGCGAGUCCAAGUUGCAAGUGAGCUGCAGUCGCAGACGCAGUCAAUAAUUGAACGUUGACGCGAGCACAUCGUGUGUUUGGAAUUUAACAAAAAAACAUAGUACAAAUAAAAGUGAUCAAUUUUAUUUUAUUUAAUUAGCAAACGAGCAAACGAUCUUUUGGAAUUAACAGCAGUAUGGCAUUGCGUACCGCAAAUGUGAUUUGGUUUCGCCAUGGAUUGCGACUUCAUGAUAAUCCUGCCUUGCUGUCAGCCUUGUCCGACAGAGAUCAUGGCGUUGCAUUAAUACCCAUAUUCAUAUUCGAUGGCGAAAGUGCAGGCACCAAAAGCGUUGGAUUUAAUCGAAUGCGCUUCCUUCUGGACUCGUUGGAGGACAUUGAUAAGCAGUUGCAGUCGGAGACGGAUGGACGUGGUCGUCUGCUCAUUUGCCAGGGUCAGCCGGUCCAAAUCUUUCGGCGUCUAAGCGAGCAGGUGCGUCUUCACAAAAUCUGCGUGGAGCAGGAUUGUGAGCCCAUUUGGAAUGAGCGGGACGAGUCUAUGAAGAAACUUUGCAAGGAGUUGGGCUUUGAAUAUGUGGAGAAGGUUUCCCACACGCUAUGGAAUCCACGCACCGUAAUCGAAACGAAUGGCGGAAUUGCACCGCUGACCUAUCAAAUGUUCCUGCACACAGUGCAAAUUGUUGGGCUGCCUCCGCGGCCUGUACAUGAUCCGCACUUUGGGGGCGUCAGCUUCGUUCAGUUGUCGCCAGAGUUGCGGCGAGAUCUUGGCUGUUUCGAGCAGACGCCGUCGCCGGAGCAUUUUAACAUCUACAGCGAUAACAUGGGGUACCUGGCCAAGACCAAGUGGGUUGGAGGAGAGACCCAGGCGCUGACACUGCUGGGCGAGCGCCUUAAGGUGGAACAGCAUGCCUUCGAACGGGGCUACUAUCUGCCCAAUCAGGCUAGGCCCAAUAUUUUGGACACACCCAAAUCGAUGAGUGCCCAUCUGCGCUUCGGCUGUUUAUCGGUACGCCGAUUCUAUUGGAGCGUUCAUGAUCUCUUUAAGAAUGUGCAGCUGCGCGCCUGCGUUCGAGGUGUCCAAAUGUCCGGCGGAGCACACAUCACGGGUCAGUUAAUUUGGCGUGAGUAUUUCUAUACGAUGUCGGUUAAUAAUCCCCAGUACGGUUGCAUGGAGGGCAACGAGAUUUGUCUGAACAUACCGUGGGCCAAACCCAAUGAGGACCAGCUUGAACGCUGGCGUCUGGGCCAAACAGGAUUCCCACUUAUCGAUGGCGCCAUGAGACAGCUACUUGCCGAGGGUUGGCUCCAUCACACACUGCGCAACACGGUGGCCACAUUCCUAACACGUGGCGGACUCUGGCAGAACUGGGAAGUCGGGGUGCAACACUUUCUCAAGUAUCUGCUGGACGCAGAUUGGUCUGUCUGUGCCGGCAACUGGAUGUGGGUCUCCAGUUCGGCGUUUGAACGUUUGCUGGACUCCUCGCUGGUCACCUGUCCGGUGGCUCUUGCCAAACGUCUCGAUCCCAAUGGCCUCUAUAUAAAACAAUAUGUGCCGGAGCUAAAGAAUGUGCCAAAGGAGUUUAUCCAUGAACCCUGGCGCAUGUCAGCCGAGCAACAAGAGAACUACGAGUGUCUCAUCGGCGUACAUUAUCCGAAGCGUAUACUUGAUCUCUCGCUGGCAACUAAACGGAAUAUGCUGGCCAUGAAGAACCUGAGGGACUCCCUGAUAACACCACCGCCGCAUUGCCAGCCCUCCAAUGAGAAGGAGGUGCGUCAAUUCUUUUGGCUGGCCGACUAAUCCAGAAUCAUUUUAAUCUCAUCCAACACUUAACUGUAUUUUAAUGUUCCCAGUAUCAAUAUAAUAAAAAUAACCAUAAUGAUAAUUGCAUACCAAA